AUACGUUUGCGGACCUGUGUAUAUUUCUCAGGUCCAUAGAUAUUCGCAGGUUUAUAUGCCACUCGGGGUCCGUGUGCCAUUUGUCUUGGGCCUUGCUGGGAAUUUUCUUCUCCGAGGAACACCUUUGUUUCGGCAAGGAUAAUUUAUAUGACAUCGUUUCGGUCCAAUAAUGGCAAAGUUGCCGCUUGUGUGUGCGAAAAUCUAAAUGCAUAGCUCUAACCGACGUGAUCGUUUGAGCUACACACGUGUACAUGGAUGAUAAUCUCCCAAAGGAAUACACCCGUUUAGCCAUGGGUAAUGGGAGGCUCCGUAGAAUAGGCGAGUUCUUCGCCAACUACGCAGGCAUCAUCUGUCUAAUCGACUGCAUCGUCCUGCCAAUCAUCAUUGCAAUCACAAGUUGCCUCAAUGUGUUUCGAGAUUUUGAAACCGUCAAGAAGAUUACACACGUGUUGGAACUCUUAAUUGUCAUUCCGUUUGGAACGCUAUCCGUGGUAAUGAACUACAGGAAAACAAAGAAGAAGAGACUAGCUGCCUGUGGCACUUGUGGAAUUUUGGUUAUUAUAGGUUCACACUUUUUUCAUACAACUUGGAUACAUUCUCUCAUUUCAAUUACUGGUUGUGCCAUGCUCAUUUCAAGCAACGUAUUAUCGAGGAGACACGCUGAAUGUGAUCACUGCUCCACCACUGUGGAACUCCCAAACGUCUAAUUUGUACAUUUCUGUU